GUUCAUCAGGGGACAGCGAGGACUGCGCUAUUGGCUCCCAGGGACUCCGGGUCCCCACUCAGAAAUCCUACUCCUCCAGUGAAACCCUCAAGGCCUUCGACCAGCACCAAGACCAGACCAGGUUACUGUACGGGACAACCAAGGGACAGAAGGACAUGGUUCAUCGUGAACAGGAUGAUUAUAACAGACAAGGUCAGCAUUUCAGUCUUCGUCAGCUGGGGAUCUGUGAGCCACCGUCGCGUCGUGGCCUGGCCUUCUGCUCCGAGAUGGGCCUGCCCCACCGUGGCUUCUCAGUUGGAACGGCCCAGGACCUCGACACCGAUAGUCAUGCCGUGAUGUCACCGGAGCGUGCCAUGCGGCUGUGGGGCCGUGGGGGUCUGGGGAAAUCAUCCGGGAGGAGUUCCUGCCUGUCCAGCCGCUCCAACUCAGUGCUGACUCUUACCGACACCGAGCACGAGAACAAGUCAGACAGCGACAAUGGUAGGACAUAUUACUGA